UUAUUCUAUCAUCUCUUUGUUCACGGUGUGUGUGUAUUUGAAUUCCACAACUUCCCCAAUCUCGGCUUGGCCUCAACGAUAUGCCGGCAAACCUAGCAUUUAAUCUCAAAAAGUCCCCAGAAACAUGACUUAGUUGUAAUUCCUUGUGCUGCACAUUUCGUGCACCAGUUACUCCAUCCCUAUCUAUUCCUCAAGUACCCGAUUUCCAAGUAUGUACAUCAUGCCUUGGACCGGAUUGUUCCCUUGCACAACUGCGCAUGUCCACCCUCCAAACCGCACUUCCUGCAAGGUGCAAGCUGUGCAAGCUGUCCAGCUAGUUCCAACAUGGCAUGUUGAUCUCGCGGUGAUUUUCAGCUAUAUAAUUUUCCCCGGUGUACGGGCACUGGCAAGAUGUAUCCGUGCCAGCGUGUGGGCCCGUGGCCAUGCAACCUGUGCGUGGGAUCCACGAGACGUGUCGACCUGCUGCGACUAGUCAUUCUGUUUCUCCCUGAAAAUGACGCUGACAUA